AUGGAAACAAAAAAACAUAUACAAACAAAAAGANNAAAGGAACUCCAAGAGCUCACAGCUUCUGAACCUCUGAGCCUCCCCGAAGAGUACGACAUGCAACGGUCAUGGCGCCAGGACUCGGACAAAUUGACUUUCAUCGCCUGUCUGCCCCCAUCGACCCCUCCAAACUCGAGGCCAACCAUCACGCCCAAGCAAGACGAUGCACCAUCUCGCAUGAUCGGCGACAUAAACCUCUUUCUCGUGGACGAUGAUGACGAUGAAGACGAAUCCAAGACUUCCGCUUCCAAGUCUGUCCUCGGAGAGAUUGAGCUCAUGAUAGCAGUAAAGUCCCAACACCGCAAAGGACACGGUCGGGCCUCUCUCCUCGCCUUUAUGCACUACAUCCUCACCAACACAUCCUCCAUCCUGCAGGAAUACAGCAAAGGGCAAGCAGCACAUCUCCGUUACCUUCGAGUCAAGAUCUCAAAGGACAAUGUCAAGAGCAUUGCUUUAUUCGAGAGCGUUGGAUUUGUGAGGACGAGCGCAGAGGCUAACUACUUUGGAGAACUGGAGCUGAGGUUGCAGGUCCAGGGGAGAGAAGAUGCUGUCUUGACUGAUUUGGAGAAGGUCAAAGGAUGGAAUGGGAAACCUUCUAUUGUCGAGUAUCACGAGGCAUAG